AGGAUUUCUAAAAAUUUUUUCACGCGUGCGAUCGACUUGCGAUUGCGUUGCGUGCGAAAAUGGCGGAGAACGAUGAGAGAGAACCCGAUAUUCCGGCUGUUUUUUAUGACUCAGGGGAUGAAGGAAGCUUUGAUGGGUUUGAGCCUAGACGUAGUAAUAAUGAUAGUGAUAGUGAUGUAGAUCUUGAAGGCUUGGAGGACGACAGUGGCGGCCCUACACCAGGAGGUACCGAUGACGAAGAAGAAGAAGAAGCUCGAUGGACUGACCAUCUCAGCAACUUCCUCAUCCCAGACUUCACAGCAGAAACUGGCCUUAAUUUUAACUUACCUGACAACCUUAAAAGAAACUCGAAUAAUAAAGAUUUGUACUCAUCGUAAUGAUUAGUAUUACUGGGUUUAGCCGUGUUUUGUAUUUAGGAAUAAUUGGCAUUUCCGGUUUUGCCGUGAUGAUUUGGUUUGGGACAUUGAUUUGAGCUCUUUUGACCGUUUUUAUUUGAUAGUUUGGCCGCUAAGUUAUCUGACUUGCAAUAAUCAAAGUCUU